AUGCUGCCUGCCACAGGAAGGGUUCAGCCACACACUGUUUCUUCCCUCACUGCCUCCAACCUGGACACAGUGGCCGGCACCACGGUGAGGCUGAGUGUGUGGCCACGGACGGGGCAGCCCCGGCGGGAGUGUGGCGCCCGCCCCAGUCUUCAUCACGGUGAGGGAGGUGAAGGCUGCCCCAAUGGCCUUCCCAAGACCCACUACUCAGCCGUCCUCUACCUGCCAACCUACCCUGGUGUGAGGGUGUUCUGCCUGGGCCGGGAGGAGCAGCCACGCCACCACGUGGAUGUGAAUGAUAUCACCGAUAUUUCAUAUUCCAUCGCUGCCGGUGACGACAGAGAAAACUUUGUGUUUGACAACGUGAACAAGUGUGUCAAGGUCCAGGACCAGUACAGCCUCAAGCCUCAGUACAACCUCACCCUCCAGGCCAGCGACGGGGCCGCCUCGUCCACGGCAACAGCAGAGAUUAUAAUUGAUGAAGCGCCGCUGUCUACUCUGGUCUUCACUCAGGACCAGGUCAGCCGCUCAACCAUCACGUCCGCUACUCAAUUCUCAACUCAAACAUUAAAUUUGAAAUUUGCUGGCGUCAUCAAGACCACCGGCAAGUCCUUUGACCGGGAGGCAGAGGACCACUACACGCUGGUGGUGGAGGCGCAGGACAUUGAGGGCACAGCAAACGUGGCCCAUGUGCUGGUCCACGUGGCGGUGAUGGACGUGAAUGACAACGAGCCGGUGUUCCUCAACCAGCCCUUCCACGCCCUGGUGUCCACCGUGUCUCCGCGCAGCCACGUGGUCACUAAGGUGCAGGCAAUAGACGCUGACUCUGGGGAGUUCGGAAGUGUCCGCUACGAGCUGGUGCGAGGCAGCGGUGAGCUCUUCGCCGUGAAUAAGAAGACGGGUGAAAUUUCCCUGAAGCAGACCCUGAUGGCGGCCGACAAGACCUACAGCCUCACCGUUGCUGCCUACGACGGGGGAAAGCCUCCCCUCAGCUCACAGGCCCAUGUCCUCAUAAGGGUGGUGUCUUCUGAAGGGCCAAUGUUCACCGCCGCACGGUACGAGGCAGCCGUGCCAGAGAACGCCGCCAAGGGCACGCCCGUUGUAAGGGUGGAGGCCGCUAGCCCUUCCGGGGAGCCCAUCAUGUACACCAUUGUGGCCGGCAACACCGAGGAGCUGUUCGGCCUCGACUAUUCCACAGGCGUCGUCCAGACCACUGCCCUGCUGGACUACGAGGCCUCCGCCAGCCACAACCUGACGGUGCGGGCGCGGGACCCCUUCACCGGGGGCCACACGGACACCCACGUCACAGUCGCAGUCACGGACGUCAAUGACAACCCGCCGGAGUUCAGCCGUUCCGUCUUCAAGGGAGACGUGUCGGAGGCUGCGUCACCAGGUGCGUGCCUGGACGGUGCCGUCACACUCACCAAGGAGCUGGAUGCAGAGACUGAGGCUCAACACGUGCUGACUGUGCUGGCCACGGACUCAGGCAUACCCCAGCUCUCCUCCACCGCCACAGUGGUUAUUGACGUUGUGGACUUCAACGACAACCCUCCAGCGUGGCGCCAGGACAGCUACUCCUGCCGCGUGUCGGCCGAGGCCCAGCCCGGCCAUGUGGUCACCUCGGUGUCUGCCACUGACCCAGACGCUGGUCAGGUCACGCCGCUCAGUUAUGCCAUUCACUCGGGAGACCGAGACGCCAUCUUCAAAAUGGAUCAGCUGACUGGUGUGUUGACGGUGACGGCCCCACACAAGCUCAAGGACGUGGCCUCCCUCACCCUGAACCUGUCUGUGAGUGACGGGGUGCACGCGGCCUUCACCGGCCUGCACGUCUCGGGGCUGGCCUCCAACCACCACGCGCCGAGGUUUAAUCGCACUCUAUAUGAAGCUUACGUGGAGGAAAAUUCAUCUCCUGGCCAGCUAGUCAUCAACCUGGUGGCCACGGACCUUGAUGCCUGGGACCUGGGCAAGCUGCAGUACACCAUCCUGCACCAGACUUCAGAGGGAGCCUUCACCGUGGACAAAGAAGGCAACCUAUACACUGAGACACCUCUGGAUCGCGAGUCCCUGCCCAUGCACAGCCUAAAGGUGUCUGUGAUGGACGAGGGGGGCCGGGCCAGCUUCACGGCGGUGCGUGUGACGGUCCGUGACAAGAACGACAACCCACCAGUCUUCACGUUGCCGGAGUAUCAGGCGAACAUCAACACUGACGUGGCUCCCAGGACAACCAUUCUCAAGGUCGAGGCCAUUGACGCAGAUGAAGGGGCAAACAGUGAAGUGAGGUACCGCAUGUAUGAAGCCAACAGUUCUGAGGCGCUGGAGCUCUUCUUGGUCAACCCCACCACCGGCGAGGUCACCGUGGCACAGACCACCCACAGCCGAGAAAAUGAGGUGUACCAGUUUUUCAUCCGUGGCGAGGACAGCGGCUCCCCCCAGCACCACUCCGACGUGCCCGUCACCAUCUUCCUGCUGCCCCCUCAUGAGAACCCCCCGCACUGCGCCAGGAAGUAUGCACAGUUCUUCAUCAGGGAGGACGCCCCCAUCGGCAAUGUGAUCACGUCCCUGUGGAUGGCGGGGCCACAGUCAGUGCAGUACCUGAUCAUGGUGGACGAGGGCAUGAAGGCAGCCAGUGAGGUGAUGGAGUCUGGGGAGAGUUCAGGGCCCUUCACCGUGACCUCCACUGGCCUGGUGGUGGUGCACAGGGCCCUGGACCAUGAGCGGCGACGCACACAUCACAUCAGCGUCACCAACCGUACACUGACCACGCCGCCCACGGUGGACUACAUGACCAUCUCUGUGGUGGUGAUGGACGUGAAUGACUGCCCUCCACGCUUCUCUGAGUCCAGCUACACAGCCCUGGUGGCCGAGAACAGCGAGGUGGGCGCCACCGUCACCAUCCUCACGGCCGCUGAUGACGAUGAAGGAAACCAUGGCCAGAUCCAGUACAGCCUCGGCCCCGAUGAAAGCGCUGUAGUGAAGUCAACUUUCCGCAUUGAUCCACACACUGGGACGCUGACCCUGGCGGCCCCGCUGGACCGCGAGACCAUGGCCCAGUACUCCUUCACCGUCACUGCCACUGACGGGGGCCCCAAGCCUCUGUCCACCAGCACAAGAGUCACUGUACUGGUCAAGGACUACAACGACAACCCUCCAGUGUUCACCAAAGACACUUACGUCACUGCUGUGCCUGAGGACACCGCCACGGGCACGGCGGUGGUGGAGCUCAGCGUGACGGACGCCGACGAGUCUGUGGCCGAACUUGACUUCUUCAUCACCGGCGGCGACCCUGACGGCCAAUUCCUGGUGCACGCCUCAGGGGAGGUGUACGUGGCCGGUGAGCUGGACCGGGAGAGGCAGGCCGAGUACACCCUCACCGUCACCGUCACCGACGGGAAGUUUACGGCCAACACGACUGUUACUGUGACAGUCAUUGACAUCAACGACAACGGUCCGGUGUGCAAGGAGCCAAUCUACCGUCGGGAGAUCUCUGAGGAUGCCACCCCAGGCACCCAGGUGGCCUCUGUUGUGUCCUGGGAUGCCGAUGAAGGCACUGCUGCCUGGAGCCGCUACAUUCUCACCGGGGACAGCGCCCACCACUUCAGUAUUGACCAGCUGAAUGGCCACGUGGCCACAGCCACCCAGCUGGACAGAGAGGCACGGGACCACUACCACCUCACUGUUGUGGUGGAGGACUGGGAGCACAAGGCCUGGCAGUGUGAGGUGGUGGUGGAGGUCCUGGUGACGGACACCAACGACAACCCCCCGUCCUUCUCCCUGGCCACCCACGCCGCCACCCUGCUGGAGGACGCGCCCAUCAACACCAUCGUCCUCAAGACGUCUGCCACGGACCCUGACCUCGGCAUCAAUCGACAGCUGCUGUACAACUUUGUGGACUCAGCGGAGGGCCACUUCACCAUUGACGAGAUGGAGGGUGUGGUCAGCCUGGCCCGGCCCCUGGACCGUGAGACAAGGGACUCCUACAGCCUGACAGUGUGCGCCGUGGACCAGGGAAGCCCACCGCUGUCAUCCACCACGCAGCUCAUCGUCACAGUCUCAGGUCUUCGUGGAGGUCGAGGACGUGAACGACCACAUGCCCCAGACGGAGGAGCCCGCCUACCACACCUACGUGGCCGAGAACCUGCCGCCGGACACCUCCGUCAUAGCGCUGCGGGCCUCGGACGGCGACCUGGCGCCCUCCAACAUCUCCUUCGCCAUCACCAAAGGUAACCAACUGGCGCGCUUCAAGAUACACCCGCA